AUGUGCGGUAUUAUCGCUCUGAUCCUGGCGAAUCAGUCGGGGGCUGCUGCUGUCGACCUUCACGAAGCCUUGUAUCUUCUCCAACAUCGUGGUCAAGAUGCGGCCGGUAUCGCGACGUGCGCGUCCGGUGGUCGGAUCUAUCAGUUGAAGGCGAAUGGGAUGGCUGCCAAGGUCUUCAAUGACGGCUCCAAGGUGGCAGACCUGCCGGGCUCCAUGGGUAUCGGACACCUGCGGUAUCCCACCGCGGGAAGCAGUGCCAAUGCCGAGGCGCAGCCAUUCUACGUGAAUAGUCCGUAUGGCAUCUGCCUCGCCCACAAUGGCAACCUCAUCAACGCCCCUGAGCUCAAGCGAUACCUGGACCUGGAGGCGCACCGUCACAUCAAUACCGAUAGUGACAGUGAGCUCAUGCUGAACGUCUUUGCUGAUGAGCUCAGCGAGACCAAGAAGGCGCGUGUGAACAAGGAGGAUCUCUUCUCCAGUCUCAGCAGAAUGUAUGAGCGGUGUGAGGGUGGAUGGGCCUGCACUGCCAUGCUUGCUGGUUUUGGGAUUCUUGGUUUCCGUGAUUCCUAUGGCAUUCGUCCCCUGGUCCUCGGUUCUAGACCGUCGCUCGAUGGGGAGGGCACCGACUACAUGAUGGCGUCGGAGUCGGUCGCUCUGGACCAACUUGGUUUCACCAUCAUCCGGGACAUCCAGCCUGGAGAAGCCGUCAUCAUUGAGAAGGGCGGCGAGCCUGUCUUCCGUCAGGUAGCUCCCAAGAAGGACUACGCUCCCGAUAUAUUCGAGUACGUGUACUUUGCCCGUCCGGACUCGGUAAUGGACGGCAUUAGCGUCUACCGGAGUCGUCAGCGCAUGGGUGAUCGCCUUGGCGCCCGGAUUCUCGAUGUUCUUGGACCGGAAGUUGUCAAGAGCAUCGAUGUUGUGAUCCCGAUCCCCGAGACAUCCACAACGUCGGCAGCAAGUGUCGCUCGCUUUCUUGAUAAGCCCUACUGCCAAGGCUUCGUGAAGAACCGCUACGUCUUCCGCACUUUUAUCAUGCCGGAGCAGAAGACUCGGCAGAAGGGCGUGCGUCGCAAGCUCAACGCUAUGAAGGCUGAGUUCAAAGACCGCAAUGUCCUUCUGGUGGAUGAUAGUAUCGUGCGUGGCACGACCAGCCGUGAAAUCGUCAACAUGGCGAGAGAGGCAGGCGCUAAGAAGGUCUACUUUGCCAGCUGCUCCCCUGAGAUCACCCACGCUCACAUUUACGGUAUCGAUCUGGCAUCGCCCCAUGAGCUGGUCGCACACGGCCGGGACACCGAAAGCAUUGCCAAACAUAUUGGUGCCGACAGUGUUAUCUACCAGACUCUGGAUGACCUCAAGGGCGCCUGCGCCGAGAUCGCGAAAGAGAACGGUCUCUCGGAGCCUCAGAAUUUCGAGAUUGGCGUGUUCUGUGGUUCCUACAUCACACCAGUCUCCGACGGAUACUUUGAGCAUCUGGAACAGAUUCGUGGCGAGGGCCGGAAGCUUAAGGCUCUGGAUAAGGCCAAGGAAGCCGUUGCCCACGGCUUCGCUAGCGAGACAGAUUUCAAGAUGGCGGCCAACGGCGUCCAAGUGGAUGCCAGCGGCAAGAUUGUGCCCGCUACGGGCCCUCAAGACUCCCAGGUGCCUCACGUUGAUCCUGCUGCUGCUCCUCGUCAGGCUGCCUUGCUUUUGCUUGACGUGCAAGCAGUCAAGCCUGAACCGAGCAAGGAGCCGUCAAACCCGGAGAACACUAGGCGGAAAACAAGCAGACGACAAGCCCUGACUGAUGAUUCUCGGGAGGGGGAAGUCAUUCCACUUGAUAAUAGGAAGAGAAAAAGAGCUGCUUGCACAGCAGCUCUCAUCGUGGGCGAUGAACUGCCUCAUAACUUGGGAAAGAUCGAGGUGCCGCCGAAGCUCGACGUGCAUGGCUUUAACGCCAUCAAAAGAGAAAAGAAGAUAGAUAUAGACAUGUUGGCCGAUGAACUACAGCAUACAGCCGACAAAGCAACAACAAAAACAACGUUGACUCUGGAUGAAUCGACUCUGAACAAGCGCAAAACAGCCAAAAAGAACCCAUACGGACUUACUCCCGGUAUUAGUCCCUUUCCACACUGGUCUCAUCCGACCGCCGAGGAGUGCGCGGAGGUCAACCGGCUCCUUUCCAGCGUGCACGGAGAAAUCAACCCCCCCGCCACCAUCCCGGAACCCUCGCUGACCGUCACGGGGUGCGGUGAAGUGCCAUCCGUUUUGGACGCGUUGAUCCGGACUCUUCUCAGCGGCGCUACCACGGGCAAAAACUCGGCCAUGGCCUUUAACGGCCUGGUGCAGCGGUUUGGGAUCUUGACCGAGGGGGUCGGAAAGGGAAGUGUUAACUGGGAUGCAGUCCGGCGGGCGCCGAUCCAAGAGGUGUACGAGGCGAUGAAGAGUGGCGGACUGGCCGAUAUCAAGAGCAAGAGCCUCAAGGCUAUCCUUGACAUGGUAUACCGUGAGAAUCAGGACCGCAAGGACGCCCUUCAGCAUGAGCAGCAGCCGACAUCACUUUCCGGGACAAAAGACAAAGAUUACGAUAUUGCAUGCGCGGAACAACACGUCCUCUCGCUCAACCACUACUACCAUCUAAGCAACGAGCAAGCCAUGACCGAGCUGGUCAAGUACCCAGGCAUUGGCCCCAAGACGGCCGCCUGCGUCCUUCUGUUCUGUCUACAACGGCCAUGCUUCGCCGUCGACACACACAUCUUCCGCAUCUGCAAAUGGCUGGGUUGGGUGCCGACUGAUCGCGCCACAGAGAUCACAGCCUUCAGUCACCUCGAGGUGCGCAUCCCGAACCACCUCAAGUACUCGCUGCACCAGCUCUUCAUUCGCCAUGGGAAAACCUGUCCGCGCUGCCGUGCCAUCACCGGCCAGUCCGCAGCUGGGUGGGAGGACGGCUGUGUGAUUGACCAUCUGGUGAAGCGCACAGGGAAGAGAAAGGGGUAA